AUGAACCCACUGCCAAAUACCCUCACCCCUCCAAUCACUUUGGAUGAACCCGCUAGAAGGAUUGGAUGGAAUCGGGACGGGGUGGCCGGCGGUCCGAGCAGUAUUCAAUUGCUCCUCCUCUGGAUAACUGCUGGUGCAAACUACACUCAGUGGUUUGCGACUCCGUUCCAUAGACAAGACCGCGAGAACGCCUGCACCGAGAUUCAGCAAUUCAUGCGGACUCAAGGUAACAUCCACCGGGAUCCCAGGGGUACGAGAUCCUACUCCACCGGAAACAGAUACAGCUUGAUAAUCAUUAAGGUCAGCCAAUCAUACUGA